UGUAACUACUAGUACUAGCUGCUUCUUCCACUCCUUCGAUAUGAGAUGUCUCAUACAAUUUUGCUCCUGCUCAUCUUCCACUGCAUCUGUUACUAAUACUACUUCUUUAAUUACCUUCAAUAACAUUAUUCGAGCAUCUCUCGAAAAAGGGUCUCCUCGAAAAGCUCUAUUGGAUUAUCAGACUAUUUUCAGCUCGACUUCUGUGUUGCCUGAUUUUCAAACCAUUUCUCAUGCACUUGAAGCUUGCAAAAUUUUAUCAGAUGACAGAACUGUAGUACAGUUCCAUGCCAGAAUGUUAAAAUCUGGUUUUGAUUCAUACCCAUCUCUUUUAACUUCUUUGAUAUCCAUAUACGUUUCUCAUAAACAACUCGUUGAUUAUGCUUGUUGUCUGCUUGAUGAAAUUCCCAAGUGGGGUUUCAGUCUUUUUUCUGUGAAUUUGGUCAUUGCAGGCUAUUUAAAGGCUGGGAAGUUCGAUAGUGCAAACCGACUGUUUCGCCAAUCACCUUAUAGGGAUGUUGUUUCAUGGAACUCUAUGAUAACCGGCUGCGUUAGACAUGGCAGUCUAAAAGAGGCAGUAACUUUAUUUCGUCGAAUGCUCAGUUCUGGUAUUGAACCAGAUGGGUUUACCUUUGCAUCAGUUCUUACAGCUUGCGGUCGACUUGGAGCUAUUAGUAAUGGAAAAUGGGUUCAUUCUUUGAUGACAGAAAGACAGAUUGAGCUAAAUUAUAUACUGAAUUCAGCAUUAAUUGAUAUGUAUUCAAGAUGUGGAAGAAUUGAAACUGCUAAGGAAGUAUUUGAAAGCGUGAAACGAGAACAUAUAUCUGUUUGGAAUUCGAUGAUUACAGGAUUAGCAAUGAAUGGACUUGCUUGGGAAGUAAUCGAAAUCUUUACUCGUUUAAAGAGAGAAGAUAUUAAAGCAGAUUCAAUCACCUUUGUUGGAAUCCUAUCUGCUUGUAGCCACUGCGGACUAGUCGAACAAGGUCGCCAGUUUUUCAAUUCAAUGAGAAAGAAUUACUCGAUUGAGCCUGAGAUUGAACAUUAUGGAGCAAUGGUUGAUCUUUUGGGCAGAGCAGGUCUCUUGGAAGAAGCUCGUGAGAUGAUACAGACAAUGCCAAUGAAGCCAGAUGUAGUUGUGUGGAGAUCACUGUUGAGUGCUUCUCGAAUUCAUGGAAAGCCUGAGAUUGGUGAACUAGCAGCUGGAAAAAUGUCGUCUGAUCUGCGAAGUGGAGAUUAUGUGUUGUUAUCAAACAUUUACUCUUCGGCAAAAAGAUGGGAUAAUGCUGAGAGAAUGAGAGAAGGGAUGAGAAAAAAUGGAUUUCGAAAGAAUCAAGGAUUGAGUUGGAUUGAAGUUAAAGGUGUUAUUCAUCAAUUCAAAGCAGGUGACCGGUCGGUUCCUGAGUCCGAUAUGAUAUAUAAGGUUUUGGAAAGAGUGAAUGCAAGGAUCAAACUUGAUGGUUAUGUUCCUGCAAUUGAGUUAGUAUUAAUGGAUGUCUCAGAGGAGGAAAAGGAGGGAAAUUUGAAUUGUCACAGUGAAAAACUUGCAACUGCUUAUGGGGUUUUAAAAACAAGUCCGGGAACUGAAAUUAGGAUCUCAAAAAACCUUAGGACUUGCUGCGACUGUCAUUGUUGGUUGAAAAUGGUUUCAAGACUAUUAAACCGGGUGAUUGUCAUGAGGGAUCGCAUUCGUUUUCAUCGGUUCGAGAGUGGUUCAUGUUCUUGUGGGGAUUACUGGUAAGUGGCAAGUGCAUGACUUGAUAAUAAUUGUCCCAGCUGGGAACCUGCUUAUAUUCGUAACCCCAUAACUAGAGAAUCUGUUUUUCUUCCAAAAUUUAAUAGAUCAAUAUCAAGGGCUUACCUUGAUGAUUUUCUGUUUAAGCGGAUUCGGUUAUGUUUCUUCUACUAAUGAAUACAAGGUUCUUAGAAUGUACAAGUUGGCAUUAGAAGAACUUCCAGUUGUACAAGUUAAAAUUUACACUCUUGGAAGUGGCAAGGGGUGGAGACACAUGGGGAGACAUGGAAACCGUUUAGAAUACUUUUAUGCACAUAUGGUGUUUUUGCCAAUGGAUGCAAUUAUUGGAUGCUCUAGACAGGGAUAAUCACAGCAUUUAACUUAGCUGAUGAAAUUUUUGAUGAAUCGUCUGCUUGUUCGCUUCCUGGGAUGCCUGGUUGGGAUCCUAGACUUGGGUUAUUGGGGAAUUAUAUGAUUGCUACCGACCAAGACAAGACCAAAACUGUUAGCAUAUGGUUAUGAAAAAAGAAGGAAGAUGAGGCAUGGAGUUGGAGUGAGGAGUUCAGUUUAAGUGAUUUGGAUCCAGGCAGUAAUCUAGUUUCCUGGCGAAGUUCUAUGUUACUCGGAUACCAAGGUCACGCGUUAUGAUCCAAAACCUCCUUACAAAAUGCUGCUUGUGGAUUUUGGUAAAGAUAUCCGUCAAGCAAAACCUCAUGUGAACACCUUGGUUUCACUGAAAGCAUUAGGAGAAGAUACAUAAUGCAGUGAUCAGCGGAUGCAGCGGCAGUAGGAAGAAAGAGAUCUGCACGUACCUAUAUAAUCUGGCCUUAAAAGAAAAUGGAAAGAUUCUCCCUCAAUUCCAGGCAGAGGCAUAUUCACCUCAUAUCCAGCAAAUGGCUAGCGGGCAAAGCAUUUUGGCCUUUUGUCCAUGGGAAUUAAGAAGCUCCCCAUUCUUUAGCUGGAUAGGAGGAUCUACUGGUGCCCGUCAUCAAUAUGUUUGUUUGAAGUCUUUUUUAUAACAUCAUUUGUGGGUUUCUGCAUGAGGGUGUUGGAACUGUCAGAUUGGAAAAUGCCAACAAGAGGAUCCAUUUCAGAGUUAAAAGAUAUUGUAAAAUUGACACACUUCAGGUAUUCUUGUUGAGAAUUCGAGUACAUUCACUUUUUCUUUUCUUAUC